CAAACAACUAAAGUUAUCUCUGGAUUUUGUACAAAUCCUUUGGAAAUAAGUUAGUAAUUAAAGGAAUUGUGUUAAAAUGCUAUCGGAGAAGAUAAGACAAUUAACCCUAUUAUUAGAGAAACAUGAACUAGAGGCACCGGGUGGGAUCGAAUCCAUUCAGAUGUAUUCGGAACUAUUCGCUGCCUAUCUUUACCAAAAUGAUCUUGCAAGUGCUCGGUUUUUAUGGAAACGGAUCCCGCAGAACAUGAAAACCGGGAAUGUGGAACUAGACCAGAUGUACAAGGUGUACGUAGCGCUGUGGAACAACAAUACAGCAGGAUUCUAUAAGGCCAUCAAUCACGACUGGUCUAAACACGUGUCGGAAUUGAUGUUUGAACUAAAAGAGAAAUUCCAACAAGAAACGAUCGCACUCAUUGGGCGAGCGUACAGUUCCAUCUUCGAAAAUGUGUUUGCCGAAAUGACGAACCAAACGCCGGACAUGAUCGAGGACACUUGCAAUUCGCUAAACUGGGAAAUUACGCCCGGCUUAUAUCCACGAUUAAUAAUACCGAAGCGAACCGUCGACGAAAAACCGAUUGUAGUUAGCUCGGAGGCGCAAUUGCACAGAUUGACCGACUUUGUGUCCUUCCUUGAGAACUGAGUUAUGAAACGGUUAGGAUUUUGUGUGCUUAAACAAACUACGAAUUUUAGCAGGUGAUCAUCUCUUCUUUCUGUACUGAAUAAAUGUAUCCACG